AUGGGGAAGACAGGGGUCCUGGACAAAGGGGAGCAACGUGCCCGCAUUUGGAAGAGAGCACCGGUGUCGCAUAAAGUGAUUGAAAAAAGGAGACGAGACAGAAUUAAUCGCUGUCUUAGUGAACUUGGAAAAACGGUGCCUAUGGCAUUAGCUAAACAGAAUACAGGUAAACUGGAAAAGGCUGAGAUUUUGGAGAUGACUGUUCAGUAUCUGAGAGCUUUACACGCUGCUGACUUUCCCAGAGGACGAGAUAAAGAUCUUCUUUCAGAGUUUGCCAAUUAUUUCCACUAUGGUUACCACGAAUGCAUGAAAAAUCUGGUCCACUAUCUGACCACAGUAGAAAGGAUGGAAACUAAAGACACUAAGUACGCUCGAAUUGUUGCCUUCCUGCAAUCUAAAGCCCACUUGACCACUGAGCCCCUCUUCAGCUCUCUGCAGGAGGCGGAUGUGUCCUGUCAGCUGCAUUCAUCUCCGCCUGACUACGCCAGCCCGUGUGACUCUACCUUCACUACAAGCCCAAGCGGCCCAUUCUCAUGGCAUAGCACAGCUAGGAGCCCCACUCUGAAUUAUCUCACAGGCCCCGCUGCCAUGCCACUGCCAUGCACCGCAACCCAGCAGCCACCUCACAGCAGCUUUUUGUCCCCCAUGCAGAGUCUGGACAGACACUACGUCAGCCUGCUUGGACAUUCCCAUCCAAACAGCUUUAGCAUGCACGCUGCACAGCACCCCUCAGUGCUGUGAUCGCUCCCU